AACCUCGUUCGCUGCGCUGGUUUGUGUGAGAGAAGGACUGAAGGAGAUCUGUUUCUGGUUAGCUGUGGUUAAUAUUAUGCGAAAGAUGCUAACCAUCAUUUCUAACGUUCUGAAGGGCAGCGCCAGCAGGAACGGAGCCGAACUGGUAUCAGAGGGCGCAAGAGUGGUGGUAUCUGCCAGGACCUAUGCAGACUUUACCCCUCAGGCCUCCUUUGAUAUUAAGAAAUGUGAUGUACACAAGCUGGAGGAGGGCCCUCCACUGCAGGCUGUGCUUACAAGAGAGGAGGGGCUUCAGUACUACCGCACGAUGCAGACCAUAAGACGUAUGGAGCUCAAAGCCGAUCAUGCUGAAGGUGAGGGUCCCAUUUUGAUGGAGCUGCAGACCUAUCGUUACCAUGGACACAGUAUGAGUGACCCAGGAAUCAGUUAUCGCACACGUGAUGAGAUCCAGGAGGUGCGCAGUAAGAGUGACCCCAUCUCGAUGCUGAAGGAUCGCAUGCUGAGCAACAACAUGGCCAGCGUGGAGGAGCUUAAGGAGAUUGAUGUGGCGGUAAGGAAGGAGAUUGAAGAUGCCGCUCAGUUUGCCACCACAGACCCUGAGCCUCCACUGGAUGAUCUUUGCAACCACAUCUUCUACAAUGACCCUCCUAUGGAAGUGCGUGGCACCAACCCCUGGACCAAGCUCAAGUCCGUCAGCUAAAUCGCCUUCCUUAUCAUCCCAAGUCCCCUCCUCUUCCUACCAGUACACCCUCUCCUGUUGAAGCGCACAGCAAAAUAUGAUCACCUCUGAUGUGGCUAAAGGUUUCAUAGACAGUUAUUGGGAAACUCAGCCAAAUCUCUCAGCCACAUUGAGAUAAGUUGCCUCAUUUCACAUGUUAUCAUUGCCUUGUUUUCUUGUUGUCUUCAUCAAUCAACAACAUAGCGGUAUUUAACUUUGAAUUAUCGGGACUUUUCAAAUGUCUCCAAUGCCCCUAUUGCUUAUUACCCAGUGUCCAUGCCAUGGCAGAAUAUUUAGCUCAUGUCCAUACAUCACAAACACCUACCAUUGUUGCUCUGUGUCAACACGCACACACACACACACACUUCUCUCACUUUAUAUAUCAGCAGGAGUGUGUUUUGGCUAAGGUGUCUGAAAUGCAGUCCUAAUUUGACAAAAUAUUUAAAGGGAAAAGUUUUGACAUUUCUAAAUUAUAAAUCUGGCCAUAUUACAAAAGUUUUUGGAAUAUUUCAUUUCGGUUGUAUUUUAACACUCUUCCAACACUCGGAGUGUUUGAGUGUUUAAUAAAACGCAGCAAUAAAACAAGAUUUAAAAUAAACAGCUGAAAAUGUGGCUUUAGAAUGGGAAAAGAUUAAUAGAUUUUUACCCUCUCACUCUUCAAUUUUUAUUUAAAACAGGACUUUUGUUAUUCAUGUAUUUAUUAUGAGAAAUUGCAUUUGUUACAAACAAUGUUACUGGGGAUAUUCACGUUUGGCAAUUCCAGUGUAUUAAUAGUUGUUUUAAAAGAAUGUUUAAAAUCUCUGAGAAUCAGGAAAGUAAAAAUUUAAAUAGAGAAAGUCAAAAAGUGUUGCAAUAGAUGUUAGGAUGCGGUUGAGAUGUUAAAGGGGGCAUCAGAAUCACAAGGUUAAAACUUUAUGCCGCAUUGACUAGGAUGAGUCAACAUGAUCAGGCAAUGUAUGUGUCAUACAAUGUGGACUUGUAUGUGUCAUACAACUACAAAUAAAUAUUUCAAAUACAA